GGGAGCGGACUCCGGAGCCAGAGCAUCAUCUUUCUCCAGAACCGCAAGUAACACACCCUACACCCACAUCCACACAAUUAGAAGCUAAAAAUACCAUAGGAACACCUAUUCUCAAAUUUGCCAUGUAUUCCACUGAUAAAAGCUACAAGAAAUUUCCAGAGCUAACACUCAUGAUAUCUAAUUAUCCUGUAAAGUUUCUAGUAGAUUCAGGAGCUACAAACUCAGUUUUGCGAGCAGAUGCCUUACCUUACAAACCUAGGAAAAGUGGGAAAACAUGUUUAACAAUAGGAUCGAGUGGUGUUCCAAUUUCUGAGAAAUGUUCAGUUCCCCUACAGUGUGAAUUAGAUGAUCAGAUGGUAAAACAUUCCUUUUUAGUGUCACAAAACUGCCCCAUAAAUUUGAUGGGAAGAGACUUGAUGUGUAGGUUUGGCAUUGUGUUAUACUCUACCCCAGAUUGUAUUGAGGUGUUAAAACAGACCCAGCUCCCCUGAUAUCAAAUGAUUAAGUGUGAUCCUAGCAGUAGACUCCUGUAUGUUUAUGAAUGGAAGUUAGAAGCGCACAAGGUAGUCAAUGACCUCACUAUGUUUGCACGAGCACACUGCCCCACAGCUGAUAAGAUGCACAGUCAGUCACUACACUGCACGUCACAUGUCAGCACAGGGCCAGACACAGAAUAUGAAAGGUUUUGGAAUGUCGAGCAGAAAGAAACAGAGAAACUUCUCUGUUUAAGCAUGUAUAUUGGACAGAGCAGGUUGCUGUUGUGCCUGUAUCUCUCGCCUCUUCGCAAGAGGAAGUGUUUUCGCGGCUCCACCCCUCACAUUUCAUUGGCCAAACCAGCGGAUUGGAAAUGGCAGGACUUAGGUCCUCGGCUGCGUCGUCUCAGCCUAUCAGACUUUGUGCCGGCUGCGGGGUACCCCAUAAUGGAAUAUAGCGCUAAGGAGGGAGUAUUCCGAAUAAACCUGCCAGACACAGUGUCGGUUCAAAGGUCGGUAGUGCUCUUGGAACAAGAGAAGUGUGUUGAUCAAUUCAUGCUAGCAGAAGCUGAUGAUAUUCCGGAGUUGUCUGAGGUUCCGGCUUCCUUGUGGGCUUCCCACAAAUACGAUGUGGGGCUCAUCAGGGGAGCAGAGCCUUUGGUGGUGCACCCCAAGUCUGAAUAUAGACCAUGUUUGAAACAGUAUCCCUUGAAAAAAGAAGCCAUUGAUGGCAUAACACCAGUGUUUGAGUCAUUGUUGAAAUCAGUUGUAAUAAUCCCUUGCAACUCCCCCGUUCGUACUCCCAUUUUUCCAGUAAAAAAGGUCCGUGGGGAGGGCCGACCUCCUGAGUGGAGAUUUGUCCAAGAUUUAAAGGCCGUAAAUGCUGCAGUCUACCAGAGGGCACCCGAGGUGAAAGCUGUGCUCCCUUCCCCAGCUGCAGCAGCCCAGCACCAUUUGAAGCCGGGAGACUGGGUGCUCAUUAAGGACCACAGACGAAAACACUGGAAGCAGAGGCGCUACAUCGGGCCUUUCCAAGUCCUCCUGGUCACAGAGACAGCGGUGAAAGUAGACGGGAGAGCACCUUGGAUACACGCCAGCCACUGCAAACGCAUCCUGGAGGUCCAGAGGGGAGGAGCUGCGUAGACCAGAGCCAGGGAACUGGCAGAGGUACAGUUGAACGCGUCGCCGGAACCUAGCACCUCGGUGAGAGGGGAGGAGUGCGGAUUGGGCUCUGCCUGCACUCCGAGCUUCAAUAACCGUCAAGAACGGUGGGACUACUGCUGUUACCUACUGUUAUCAUUAAGUGUGAUUGUCCUAAUCCUUUAUGACAUCUCUGACCUACAGGCCCACAAUUCCAGUAAUUAUACAAGUACCAGCCCUCAUUCGUCCCAAGAGAGAGUGGCGAGAGGGGAGUAUUACUUUCCAUUGUCCCACUGGCCGAUGUGGUAAGGACAAUUGCACAAUAUAUACAGUAGAAGAUGGCGCGGUGACUAACAUCCAAAGAGAGUUAACAGAGGUUGUGUGUGACACCCGAUCUGCGACCAAUAAUGUUUGCACUGUAUGGUUGCAUGAGGUGUUUGACCAUAAAUCAGAUUUUUCGUAUUGGUGCAGGAGAACCCGGGCUUGCCAAGAAGCUCCAGCCUAUGGCGCCCACAGCGAAUGGUACAAGACGUGCCAAGCCAGGAUACCGAAACCCGGCAUGAUCAUGUUUAAGUGUCCUGCGGGAUCAUGGGCAGAUCACGUGUGCCACAUAUAUGCAUUAGGACUCUCUGAACCCUUUUUUGGCCAUUGGUCUGAAUUAAAAGCAGCACAUGUGCAGACCCAGUGCGACACACAUGACACAUGCUCAGUGACUUUGAGUGCUAGAUUCGAUUCCAGCUGGGAAUACCCUACUGGUGCAGCAGACCUGACGAUUGUGACACCGAGCCAAAUUACCCAACUGACUUGUAUUGGAAGCCUGCAUGUAGAGUAAGCUUAGAAUUAAGAAAACUCCCCACCCGUGUUCCACCUUACGAAGAUCACAGCACCGCUUUAUCUAUAAUGACAGAGUCUGCACAUAGAAGUAACCUUUUAAUUUGUGGGAUUUGUCAACAUUUGCCCACUUCAUCUAAAUCUCCUAUGCUUGCUCCGGUUCCAUUCACGGGAGCAGACUGGCGUGUUAGGGGUGGCGAGUUAUAUCUGACCGGUUCAGGAAAAUGAUGAAGACUGCUACACACCUUCAUCACACGCAGCGCCCACCACGGGGACCCUCCAUCAGUACGAGGGUGAUAAAGGGGAAGUUAUACGCUUUGUAAUAAGAACAUUUAACUAUCAAGAACAUCCGACUGGCGUUAAUUGGGUAACUCUUUUUAAGUUAACAUAUUACAAGAAAUUUGUUUUACAGGGGCUGCGCUAUCAAAUGCAAAUGACUUUAGCUGAAACAAAUUGCACUACUGAAAGUACGUGGGUAAAUUCUGAAUGUGUCCUUUGACCAAAUACAGCAUCCAUCUGUCUCGAGGUAGGAGUGCAGAGUACACCAUGGGCAAAAA